AUGGCAUUCCAACAUAGGGAUGACUUCGGAUUGACAGCAGUUAUGGGGGACACAUCCUAUCGUCACAUCAAUGGGGACACAUCCUACCGUCACAUCAAUGAGGAAACAUCCUACCAUCACAUCAAUGGGGACACAUCCUACCGUCACAUCAAUGAGGACACAUCCAACCGUCACAUCAAUGGGGACAUUUCCUACCGUCACAUCUAUGGGGACACAUCCUAUCAUCACAUCAGUGAGGACACAUCCUACCGUCACAUCAAUGGGGACACAUCCUACCGUCACAUCAACGGGGACACAUCCUACCGUCACAUCAAUGGGGAUACAUCCUACCGUCACAUCUAUGGGGACACAUCCUACCAUCACAUCAAUGGGGACACAUCCUACCGUCACAUCUAUGGGGACACAUCCUACCAUCACAUCAAUGGGGACACAUCCUACCGUCACAUCAAUGGGGACACAUCCUACCGUCACAUCAACGGGGACACAUCCUACCGUCACAUCUAUGGGGACACAUCCUACCAUCACAUCAAUGAGGACACAUCCUACCGUCACAUCAAUGGGGACACAUCCUACCGUCACAUCUAUGGGGACACAUCCUACCGUCACAUCUAUGGGGACACAUCCUACCAUCACAUCAAUGGGGACACAUCCUACCGUCACAUCAAUGGGGACACAUCCUACCGUCACAUCAUUGGGGACACAUCCUACCGUCACAUCUAUGGGGACACAUCCUACCAUCACAUCAAUGAGGACACAUCCUACCGUCACAUCAAUGGGGACACAUCCUAUCAUCACAUGAUUUUGAUUACACCAAUACCAUCAUAUGUAUGUAGACAGAUCGUACGCUGUUAA